AACCGAAAACAAAACCCACGCACCCACUGUUCCAAUUUCCAAAUCCAUUAAAUACCUUUCUCUCUCAAUAAGACACCCUCACACCCACCCCUUCUCUCUUCUCACCCCCAACAAUGAGUUACUACAACCAGCAGCAACCGCCCGUGGGAGUUCCUCCGCCCCAAGGUUAUCCGGCACCGGGAGAGUCCUAUGGAAAGGAUGCGUACCCGCCGCCAGGGUAUCCACCGCAAGGGUACCCUCCUCAGGCGUAUCCGGCACAGGGUUACCCUCCACCCUACGCGCCUCCUCAGUACGCUCAGCCUCCGCCGCAGCAACAGCACAAUUCAACCGGCCCUGGUUGCUUAGAAGGAUGCUUGGCUGCUCUCUGCUGCUGCUGCCUGUUAGAUGCCUGCUUCUAAGAUCGGACGCAAAUUGGAUUUGAAUGUGUAUUUUGACUUUGAAUAUGUCGAACAUUGUUCUUAAGUUUAUCUUUUCCUUUUAUUCCGUGGAUAUGAACUAUUGUUUUUAAAUAUUAUAUCGCCGCAUUUACUGUA